AUGCACGCUUUUCCUUCUCCCUGCCUAACUCUCCUGUCACUUCUAAUUCUCUCCCUUGCUGUUCUGCUCUAUCCCACAGGCCCAACCUCGGUUCUCUCAAGCGUAUCCAGUCUUGUGCAGCUCCGUACUUGUCCUCAUUCCCUUUCGGAGUCUGUAUCCCCGCACUCUCCCAGUUGGGGUACGUGGUUUCACCCACAACGCCUGAGACAGCAACCUGGGCAAUCUACCACGAAACAAAGACCGGGAUGGAACCUUCUCUACCAUCUGGGUGGUAAUGGACCAUGGGUUCAAAGAGCAGAUCCGGCUUUGACGACUUCUGCUGCGGCUGAGAUUGCGCCGCCCGAUGGCUGCACAGUGGAUCAGGUGCAUCUGAUGUCCCGCCAUGCGGAGCGAUAUCCCACGAGAAGUGCAGGUGGCCGCCAUCUCGCUCUUCUGACACGCAUCAAGGCUACAAAUACUACCGUAAAUGGAUCGCUCUCGUUUCUCAAUGACUGGACCUAUUUUACCGAUGAUCCGUCCCGUGACUUUGAGCAGUUGACCACGACAGGUCCCUACGCAGGCACACUGGAGGCGUUCACCACUGGGGUUCGCUUUCGCACGCGAUACGCGCAUCUGCUGCCCAAAGGCGCAAAGACCAGAUUCUGGGCCAGUGAUUCGGCGCGCGUAAUUGACACCGCAAGAUAUUUUGCCUCCGGACUGUUUGGUCUUGAUUGGGAAACGAAGGGGAAAGCUGAGCUGGAGAUUAUCCCCGAAACCCUGGAGCGACACACUGACACGCUCACGCCUGGUGAUACCUGUCUCCGAUACAUCGAGGACACGGCAAAGGGGCACGACUAUGGCGUCAAUAUGCUUACCUUGUUCCAGGAUGUGUACCUUCCAGCAAUCGCUCAUCGUCUGGUCCAUGAGCAGGGAAAUCACGCUAUAGGCAACUUCUCCAAUGUCGAAGUCUACAGCAUGCAGGAGAUGUGCGGAUUCGAGACGAUUGCUCGCGGAUCGAGUCCCUGGUGCGACGUCUUCAUCGUCGAAGACUGGGAGCAUUUCGAAUACGCAAGGGACCUGAUCCAUUACUAUAGAGCUGGGCCUGGAAAUCCGUACGCGGGUGCGAUGGGGUGGCUGUGGCUGAACGCGACAGCCAAUUUGUUGCAGAGGGGCCCUGAGGCAGGGACUAUGUUUUUCAGCUUUGUCCACGACGGCGACAUUGCUCCCAUGCUCACUGCUCUUAACAUCUUCCCGGACCCGAAAUAUGAUCCACAUCUCCCCGUAACACACAUCGCCACAGACCGCGUCUGGCGCAUGUCCACUGUUCUGCCGAUGGGAGGCCGGCUCAGUUUUGAACGACUCACCUGUGGGAAGUGGCCAGAAACCGAACCCAGCAGUCAAACCAGCAACUUCGUCCGCAUCAACAUCAACGAUGGCGUUGUGCCCCUGCCGGAUUGCCACUCUGGUCCCGGAGGAAGCUGUCCUCUCGAACAGUUUGUGGAGCGGGUGCGCAAACGCAGAGAGGAAGUUGGUGAUUUUGCUGAAGUGUGUGGCGUGGCCUGCCUUCAGAGAGCAGAAGCCGCCAGGCUGUUCCAAGAAGCGCUCUUCUCCUAUGUAGAGACGGCCAUUGGUAUCCUUGGUGUAGACGAGGUAGCAAUUUUUUCCUUUCAAACCAGUCGAGAGCAGCGAGACCUUGGAGUCGAAAUCCCACAGAAAAACUCUGACGAGAUCCCUUUCGCAGACUGA